UUGCCAUUUUGAUGAAAGCAAGUUGGAUUAACCAUAUAUUUGUUUGUGUUUUGCACAAAUGUUUUCCUGAAGAUGACUUUUCUGGGGAGAAAAUGACUCUCCUAAAUAUUAGGAAUGAAUCCGCGGAGCCCAAUGCAAUCUUAUUGGAGCAACUCCCUGGCGAUUCGCCAGGAAAUACAGCGGUUCGAAAGUGUGCAUCCGAGUAUUUAUGCCAUUUAUGACCUGAUCGAGGCAAUCCCAGAUCCUUUGAUACAGCAACAAAUACGAGAACAUGUAGUUUGCAUUGAAGAUUCGUUCGUGAACAGCCAAGAAUGGACCUUAAGUCGAUCUGUACCAGAUCUGAAAUUGGGUAUUUUGGGAAGUGUACAAAGUGGGAAGUCAGCGCUUGUACAUCGUUAUCUGACUGGGUCCUUCAUGCAGGAAGAAUCACCUGAAGGUGGAAGAUUUAAGAAGGAAGUUGUUAGUGAUGGACAGAGUUAUCUUCUCUUGAUAAGAGAUGAAGGAGGUGCUCCCGAAAUGCAGUUCACACACUGGGUGGAUGCGAUUGUGUUUGUGUUCAGUCUGGAGAAUGAGCUCAGCUUCCAGGCCGUGUACAGCUACUACGCAAAGAUGACGCACUUCCGCAAUGCAGCAGAAAUACCUCUUAUUCUAGUCGGGACUCAAGAUGCCAUAAGUGAGUCGAACCCGCGCCUGAUCGACGACACGAGGGCGCGGAAACUGGCGUCGGAUCUCAAGCGAUGUGCGUACUACGAAACUUGCGCUACGUACGGCCUCAACGUCGAGAGAGUGUUCCAGGAUGCAUGUCAAAGAAUAGUCCAGUCACGGUAUCCGUCACUACCUUCCACCAUCCCAGUGCCAAGCACUCCCAACCACUCACAACGGUCGUUCUUCGGCAGCCAAUCAAACAAGCCGUAUGAUACGCACAGUAACAGUAGCCAAUCAACAUCCAGCUCAGGGACACUUGUUACCGGCUCCAGUGCUCAUAGCAACCCCAAUCAGAACUGCUCUCAGAUGCAGCCAGGUGUUAUGACGAAAGAAAAAGAACACAGAGAACCGAAGGAAAAGUCAGAGAGAAAAAAGGAAAAGCACCAACACUUGCCGCCACCUCAACAGUUACCCCCACCUCUUCCCCCAGACCCCCCUGAACCACAGGAGGAUAGAGUGGAUUUUAGGGACGUGAUUUCAUCCACACCGUUAGCUGUCCGUAAAAAUAAAAAAUCAGCAUCAAUACAGAAAUCCAAUUCAUUCGGCGGGGCAACUGACUUGCGACAUCAUGCUCACGUUUCAGCAAAUAUACAUGCUCGAAAAAACAAACAAAUGUUCAAGGCAAAUUUUUUUACUGAUAAAAUGGAUAGGUACAUGAUGGAGUUACAAAUUCACGAGACUAGCCCGUUCACCCCUCUCCUCACUAGAAUGAACAGGGUACGGUCCAGUCUUGUCCUCGAUGGUAAGAGCGAGGGAAAAGACCUGCCUACGCCAACCUCCACACCCACACAGAGUAGGAAAAAUCGGAGAAGAUCAAAUCUAUUCAAUCCGAAGAAGGAAGAAGAGAAGAAACCUGACGGAGAGAAGCUGGGCAGUGGGCGAGUCAUUCCACUCAGACAGGGCUAUUUGUAUAAGAAAAGUCAUGGACUGAAUAAAGAGUGGAAGAAAAAAUACUGUUGUCUGCAGGAUGAUGGCGUGUUAACAUAUCACCGGAGUCUCCACGACUACAUGGAUGACAUUCAUCGCAAGGAGAUCCCGCUGGUUCACACAACGGUCAAGAUUCCGGGGAUGCGGCCACGCGGGUCUCGGACAGCGUCCACUAGCAGCACGGCUAACGGAGAUCUCAACAACCUGUCGGCCAGCACAGGAUUGGAUGGGGUGACGGACAGUCAUUUGGACACAUCAUUAGUCAUACAGAAUUCAUCAAUUACACCAGGUGUUAUUGAUGGGUCGGAAUCGCCGCGUCCGUCCGUCCGUCCACCACCGCGACCGAAAACCUCAGCCGUUCCACGACUGGGCAUCAACAACACGGCAAUGGGCACCAAGGCUGACACCCCUAAUGUGAAGAAACGGCACCGGCGGGCCAAAAGUGGAGGAGUGAAAAAUGUCGAUCCUAGUCAAGGAGAUGAUUCUGAUGGCUAUGAGUUUGUUAUAGUUUCUCUGGAAAAUAAACAAUGGCAUUUUGAAGCUCAGAAUAAUGAUGAGCGGGAUCAGUGGGUCACUGCAAUAGAACAACAGAUCCUCACCAGCUUACAGAUGAAUGACAGUUGCAAAUCCAAGAAGCUGUCGGCAACUGAUGUUGCGGGGAUCCAGGCAAUACGUAAUGUCCGGGGAAACAAUGUCUGUGCAGACUGUGGUGCUCCAAAUCCUGACUGGUCAAGUAUAAACUUGGGUGCUUUAAUCUGUAUUGAGUGUUCGGGCAUUCACAGAAACUUAGGAACUCAUAUAUCUAAAGUCAGGUCCUUGGAUCUUGAUGACUGGCCUCCUGAGCUUAUUAAAGUGAUGACGGGAAUCGGCAACUUGACGUGUAACUCGGUCUGGGAAGGAAACAUGAAAGGCCGGCAGAAACCUUCAGGGAACUCGCCAAGAGAUGAAAAAGAAAGGUGGAUAAGGGCAAAAUAUGGAGAAAAGGAAUUUUUGCCUCAAUUACCUUACGUUGAUAUACCUCUAAAUCAGCAAUUAAUCGAUGCUCUUGUGAGAGAGGAUAUCCGUAACAUCAUUAUUAUACUGGGUCACGGCCAGCCGGACGACAUCAACGCUCCCUACAGUAAGGAUGACGGCCGCACGGCGCUACACAUUGCUGCUGCCCUCGGGAACGUCGUCUUCGUCCAGAUGUUGUUGUGGAAUAAUGCCAGUGUCAAGGUGGUGGACCAUGAAGGGAGAAAUGCAUUGUGGUAUGCAAAAAGCUCAGGUUCUACUGAAUGUUGUGAACUGCUCCUUAGCAACGGUUGUCCUGAACAUCCCACGUUGCCACGGCGACGAGGUAGUACCCAGCCUGGCAAGAAUGACAUGUUCGACAGUUUACCGGCUAGCGUGAUCUAGACCACAGCUCGCUAAUUACCGUGUUUUUCUCAAACAUGAAGUAACAAAGACGACUUACGUCUCGUUGAGGAGGAUUUUUUAGGAUGAUUUAUGAAAACCGUGUUGAAUGGUCCCAUGUUUGGUUCGAACUGCCAGGGCGUGAAGUGAGGACAUACAUACGUAUAUACACACGGCACCGCGGAAAAAAGCUUCCAGGAAUUUUUUUCACAGGGUAAAAAUUAGUGAAAACAAAUCCCUACCCUGAAUGUGGUUUUCUUUUUAAGGGUUCGGAUUGCGAGUGGUGUUAUCUUGAGAAAGUUCAAAAGUAGCUGAAUUGUUUCGUGGAUGCUUUUUCAAGGAGUCCGUGUCAUGCAGCAGUGUAACAGAGAGGCUAUAUUUACAUCGUAAUGGAGAAACUAUUUACAUCAUAGUGGCCGUGUAUAAUGAAUUCAAGACUUUAUACAUGGCAACUAUAUGUUGUUUUGUUUUUUUGCUGUGUAUAUAGCCACGGCUAUAUGCAUGGCCACCUAGUCAAGCCACAGUCUUCACUUAUCAUUCAUUUGUUGCUAUGUAUGCCUCUCGGACACUCCGUGGUUAAAGCUUUACAUCUAUAAAGCAAACCAUGUAAUGACUUCAUUUGCCUUCAGAAGUGGGGAUACAGUCAAGACUCCAUAUCCGCAAGAAACCAGUUUUGGAAGAAGGCUUGUCAGCAGACAUAUUUAGAUCUAGUGCUUUAUGUUAUCUAACAGUUCUGGAAGAAACCCUGGCAUCAUAUGUAUUUAGAUCUAGUGCUUUAUGUUAUCUAACAGUUCUGGAAGAAACCCUGGCAUCAUAUGUAUUUAGAUCUAGUGCUUUAUGUUAUCUAACAGUUCUGGAAGAAACCCUGGCACCAGAUGUAUUUAGAUCUAGUGCUUUAUGUUAUCUAACACUUCUGGAAGAAACUGUAGCAUCAGAUGUAUUUAGAUCUAGUGCUUUAUGUUAUCUAACAGUAUUAAGUUAAUUCAACGCACGACCACACACACUCAUCGACAAACCAAUGCUGUCACAUACUUCAGCAGGGUUUCUGCCGGAAAGAAAUGUUUUGGGUAUGGUGCUAUGGAAUUGAAUAUUUACAAUGUGUGUGCUGAAUGCAACCACAGUCAAUAGUGGGUAUGGGCACCUCAAUAGGGCUAGCUCUGGCAUUCACCAACUGCAAAUUUUGAAAGCAGUUGGCAAAUUUUAUUUUAAUUUGGCGAAAUAAUUUGAUGUAAUAAUUGACAUUUUAAAGAAAAUAACUGUUGAUUUCUGCAAUUUUUUUAAUUUAAUAGACUAUUUGGCGAAAUAUUUUGCUCACCCAGAACUAGCCCUGCUCAAACAGAAAGAAAAUGGGUUAAGAAAAUCAUACAAUAAUGAUAUGAGGCGUAAAUUUGGUCAAAAUCUGCAUAACAUUCGGAUAUGGUACCAUACCCAUUUUACCCUCUGGCAGAAACCAAUUCUGUCACAUACUUCCGCCUCCAUAUUAUUAUCAUCUUGAUGGGAAUCAUUGAAAGUUACCUGCUUCUGCCAUUUUAAUAGUGACAUGGUCGGUAGACAUUUUUAUAAUGACUAAUUUUGCUAUCACAGUGGGCUCCUGUCUAAAAAUUGAAUUCAUGUGGAACUGACAAAAUGCACCCUGGGUGAUUUUCACACAUCUGCAUAAGAUAGAUUUUUAUAAAUACUUGUCACCCAACGAGAGUUUUGAGAUCAUGUCUGUUUAAACAGAAAUCUAAAUUACACAGAUGCAGGUCUAGACAUUGUGUUGGGAGUGGGGUGGGGGUUUGUUAGCAAAAGGAGGCUAAAAGUUUAGUACUUGAAUAAGGAGUUAAGAUGGGGUUUUGUUUUUGUGUGGGGAGAGAGAGAGAGAGAGAGAGAGAGAGAGAGAGAGAGAGAGAGAGAGAGAGAGAGAGAGAGACAGACGGCUAUUUUAAGGUUAAAUUUAAAGGUGAUCUUUGGCAGAUGUUGGUGCUAUAUUAGUAGACAUUUCAGCAUUUAUAUCAAUAAGGUAGGGUAAUUCAUAUGUUCUUCAAUAACUACAAAGUGCUUUGCAUAAGUAUUGCAUGCACAACUAUUUUUGAGUAAACACUAAAAUAGAAGUAAAUGUCUUUCUGAAUGAGGUUCUUUAUUAAGGCUGUUGACGACCUUUUAGAAAUAACCAUUUGAGUAGAUCUACGUUCAUCUUUUAUUCAAGUCAAAAUAGAAGUAAAUGUCUUUCUGAAUGAGGUUCUUUAUUAAGGCUGUUGACGACCUUUUAGAAAUAACCAUUUGAGUAGAUCUACAUUCAUCUUUUAUUCAAGUCAAAAUAGAAGUAAAUGUCUUUCUGAAUGAGGUUCUUUAUUAAGGCUGUUGACGACUUUUUAGAAAUUACCAUUCGAGUAGAUCUACGUUCAUCUUUUAUUCAAGUCAAAAUAAAUUCCAUAAAUUUGACAUUUUAUAUUGGUUGAGACAAGUCGUGUUUUAUUCUCACAGAAGGCUUGCUGUUUUUAAUGAAAAUGUCUUGUGCAAGAAUAAUAUAAACCAGACAAAGUAUGUGACCAUCUUCAUAGAUUUUGAAAAACAAGCCAAGAAAAUAAGUUUCAAAGAUUUAGUUUGUUGCAAUAUAUUAUUGUUCAUGUGCAUUAGUUUGAGUGAAGUCAGUUGUGAAUUGAGAGGAGUUCAAAAGACGAAUACCCAGUAGUUUACUUGUUGCUAUGGAGAUCGUCACAAUGUGUUUUUGUCGGGAACGGGUUUCUCGGCUGGAAGACUAAUGACUGCAUUUAACAUUUAACAAGCUGUUUUCAGUUGACUGCCAUGUUUUCUACUAAUGGAGCUUUUUCAUGACUGAAAUAAGGAUUGAAGGAAAGAAGGAAGGACAUAUUUUAUUUAAUGACGCACUCGACACAUUUUAUUUAGGGUUAUAUGGUGUCAGACAUAUGGUUAGGAACCACACAGAUAUUAAGAGAGGAAACCCGCUGUCGCCAUUUCAUGGGCUACUGUUUUCGAUUAGCGGCAAGGAAUCUUUUUAUAUGCACCAUCCUUACCACUGGCCUACCUCCCGCCCCAGAAUGAAGUAACAUCAUAAAUACAUUUUCUUAUGCACCCAUUGACGAGAACACCAUUGGUUAUUUUUGAUAACACACAUUGUUAACACACGUGUGAUAAUUUAAAGACAUAAGACUGGCUGCUCCGUGGUGAUGAUCAGGUCACCAAUGCCAUAUCAUCCAAUGAAAAACAAAGCACAAUCGAAAUUGAUCACUUGGUGAUGUACAUAUUGAUUAGCCUGACUACGAGUCAGAAUUACCAAAUUUGACAUCCAGUAGCUGAUGCUUAAUUAAUCAAUGUGCUCUAGUGGUGUUGUUAAAUAAAACAAACUUUUUGAUUAUCCUGUUGAUGAUGAUGAU